CAUUUUGCGUUGGUCUACGUACAAGAAAUUUAAUUCCAGAAAGAAAGCAUAAACAAAUCAAACUAGCAUCUUUUUUAAAGUAUUUUUCAAUUGAUGACUUCAGCUGUUGACUAAAGUGCUUCAAGUUAUCAAAGAAUAUGGCAUCGGUGGCAAUCAGAAUCGAUCCGGAAGGGUACAAAGGUGCACAUGAAAUAUGUCGAUUAUGUUUGAGCGAAGAUUUGCUGGAUGAUAUAUUUGCGGAAGAUGGUCUGCAUCAGUGCAUAUUGGAUCUCCUUCUAAUAACGGUAUCUGCCGAUGAUCGCAUGAGUCAAGCUAUCUGCGCUAUGUGUCGAUUACGAUUGACCGAAUUUCAUCAAUAUCGAAUGCGCUGUCAUGAAGUUCAAGAAGCCCUGAAAUCGAUGAUCGUAAGCGAUGUGGUUGAAGAGCAUACUGUUCCGAUCGAUGGUGAUAAAGUCCCAAAACAUAAGAAAAGCUCAAUAGCUAAGAAAGGUAGAAGAGGAAAACAAAGACCCAUUCAAAGGCAAUGUGAAGUAUGCAACGCUGUUUUCGAAACCCAACACCAAAUAUCGGCACACAGGAGAAAACAUCGAGAUAACAAGGUUGAUUGCACAAUUUGUGGGAAGAUAUUCACAUUUCGCAAAUGUUUCGACAAGCAUAUGAAAAUUCAUAAACAUGAAGCUCGGAUUAUAUCUGAUGCAAAUAUUAAAGCACACAAACCUUCAUCGGUAGAGAGCAAUAACAGCAAUCUAUCUACCAAGACACAAACGGAUAUUGAGGAACACAAAUCAACAUUACCUUUACGAGAGAAAAUAAUGAUUGAUGGUGACAAGUUUCGUCUAAAAUCAGAACCUGUAGAUAUUCUGCCAAAUAUUUCCCAAGAUGAAGAAUCCAGAAGCUACAAUGAAGAGUCAGAAAGUGAGGAAUUGAUCGGCAUAGACGAUUUCAUUGUCAAGGAAGAAGUGAAAAUUGAAUCGACUACAAAUAGCAACUCGAAAUUACCAAACCUAGACAGUAAAGCAUCUUCUAGUUUAGAAGUUUCUACAAAUGAAUUAAUCCAAAAGACUGCGAUCGAUUCAGGACGUACUGGUGGUCAUGCUAGAAAUCCCACAAAAAAGCUUAAACCAGACCAAUGCGAUAUAUGUUAUAAGAAGCUGUCUUCGUCGCGAAAUUUAUGCCAACACAUGAAAAGAGUUCACGGGCCAAAGAAUUUUGUUUGCAAUGUGUGUGAUGUUGGAUUUCCCUUGCAAUGUAAAUUGAAUUUGCAUUUGGCUACUAGAAUGCACAAGAAUAAAGCGAAUGAAAUUCGAAUAAGUCGUAAGCCAGCCACUUUAAAAUGUCGACGAAAACCAGUGCAAAUUCAGAAAGAGAGCGACCGGUUACCAGAUAACAGGGACAGUAUUGUACAAAGCGCUGCAAUUGAGAACAAUGGCGAAUAUCCGUGUACCAAGUGUAACCAAAGUUUCAACCGAAAAUGUCAAUUGAAAAUCCACAUGGAAAUUCACAACGAAACAGGAGAGAAAGUGCGAUCAAUUUAUAUGGAGGAUGAAGAACACUUGGCUGAGGAUAAUACAAAUAACGCCGCGAACAUCACUACUAACGAAGUUGUUCAAUCAAGUGGUGUUGAUACAAAUGAGAGUGAUCACUGGCAAUGCAGAGUAUGUCGCAAAAUUUUUCCAUCAUGGAAGAAACUUCGGAAUCACAAAAGAAAUCAUGGAAUUAAAAAUUUUUCCUGCCCUGUAUGCAAAAAAUCAUUUGUUGCACUUCAUCUAUUGAAGAAGCAUGUGGUUAUUCAUGAGAAGAAAAAAGGGAUUACACCAUUUGAGUGCGGUAUAUGUCAAAAUCGGUUCAAAGAUAAAUACGGAUUAUAUUACCAUAAACGAGUAACGCACGGACCUAAGAACUACGCAUGUAGCAUCUGCGAUUAUAAACAUGCGUUGCGUUCAUACUUGACGCAACAUAUGAAGACACAUAUUCGCAAUGGAGACUUCGACACUGAGCACCUGCAACAGCCAGAGGAAAUUGCAACAUCGACAAAUUCCGUUGAAAACAAGUUUAUGGUUAAUAUACCUAUUAAAUUAGAAAAAUGAAAGCACAGAAAGUAUCCCAAGUAACAUUUUUGCUUUUAUAACGGUCUUCAAAACCAUAAUUUACUCUUCAUGACUUUCAUAGAACUGGCAUAAAUCUAAAAUGUUAGUGGGGAUAAGAUGCAUCUCAACCGUUUGUAAAUAAUAAUAUUUAUAUUUUUCAAAUAUAGAUUAAACGGGACACACGUGAUUUCCACA